AUGCGUGUUGCGGUGACACAUGACCCAGAGGCGAAGGAGGAAGAGGAGGCGCAGGAGGCGAAGGAGGAACAGGAGGCGAAGGAGGAGCAGGAGGUGCAGGAGGCGCAGGCGGCGCAGGAGGCUGUAGUGGCUCUGGUGGAUCUGGCGGGAUACGGGGACGACUGCGCGGACACGGACAGGAUGCCCGUGUCGCCCACGUGCUUCGACAGGGUGUCGGCUGCAAACGCUGCGGCCCGCGCGGUGGCUUCGGCGUUCUCGGGGUGGUCGUUGCAGUCGCAGCGGUGGCACGCUGGAUUGCUGCUCACGCCCGUCGUGCCCACGGCGUAUGGCUGGCUGAAAAAGGUGCAGUGCGGUGAACCUGGGCAGCGGAAUAAGAAAGGC